AUGUGGAUCAAUUGCGGGCGAUUAUCCGACUUCACACAGGCACGCUACGUGGUCCGCCUAACGACAGGCAAGAAACUAGUGCUAUUCCGCCUCCCAACCAUCGACCCAUCGAACCCGAAGACCAACGAGACAAGCGAUGGCUGGUCCUACUACGCCAUGGAAGCCGAGUGUCCGCACGCUGGCGGACCAAUGGCCGAUUCCCAGAUCGACAUUGAAGACUCCGCAUACGUCGCGUCGUGCCCGUGGCACGCAUACGAUUUCAACGUAGAGACCGGCGAGUCGAGCGUCGGGAUCAAAGCUUGCACAUUCCCCGUCGACGUGAGCGGCGAAUAUGUCGCGCUGGAUUUCCCUGUCGAGGAUGGCGCUGUUGUUGGGCUGGAGAAGGUCGAGCCCGUUAGUGAGAAGGUGAAGUUAAAGCAUGCGCGGCCUGCGGCUUUGGACUCGUCUGCUGUUGCGGCUGUCACUGCUGCGGCUGCUGCUCUGACCUUGACGCCCAAAGAUCCGGGUAUGGCGAAGUACCUCGGCGACGACGCCACGCUGUGCGAUUGGGCGGCGCAUAUUCUUAAUACCGCCAAUCCCGAACACAAGAUCGAGCUCACGACGCAUCUGUUCGCUAUUUUCGCUGAGAGGGAGGCUUCCGACUCGCCUAUGCCGCUUGGUAGGGGGACGGUGCUUCCGCCGGAUGAACCACCGCGGGAGGAUCUGCAGACUGUCAACCCGGGCGCGAUGCCGAAGGCUGGAAGAGGCGGCACAUUGAAGAGUCGGGUUGCGAUGCUGCACGCGCUAGCUAAUAUCGAACUCUGGGCUAUUGAUCUGGCAAUUGAUAUCUGCAUUCGAUUUGCAACGUUCCAGACAGAAGGCACUGCACAAGAACUGCCACGGACAUUCUUCCAUGACUGGUUGAAAGUCGCCAGUGAUGAAGCGAAGCAUUUCUCGCUCCUCCGCACUCGACUUGAGGAGCUUGGCUCUGGCUUUGGUUCGUUGCCUGUACAUCACAGUCUGUGGUUCUCGGCGACUGAGACGGCUUAUGACCUCCGCGCGAGAAUUAGUAUUAUCGCUCUUGUCCAUGAAGCACGUGGUCUCGAUGUCAAUCCUAUGACUAUUGAGAAGUUCCGAAAGGCCGGUGAUGCGGAGAGUGUGCAGUCGCUCGAGAUCAUUCAUAAUGAUGAAAUCACACAUGUUACAACUGGUCACCGCUGGUUAACGUGGAUCUGUGCCCAGGAGGGAACGGACCCUGUUCAGGUUUUCCGGUCGAAUGUGCAGAAGCAUUUCCGCGGGCCGAUCCGUGGGCCUUUUAAUGAGGAAGCUCGUUUGCAGGCCGGUAUGGAUAAACGGUAUUACGAGGAGACACAUCUCGCCAGUGAGGUGGCUGCGGCUUGA